UCUACCUAUUAUUCCACGCAAUUAUAUUUUCAUAUAUACUUCCAUUUCAAGAUUUCAAAAAUCCAUGGCAACUUUCAAACUUCCACUAAUACUACUAAUCUCAUGGCUUCUAACAACUACUACUAUAGCAACAAGCAUGUCCAAAUUUAAACCAGGACAAAAUAUUGCUGCUAGACUUCAAGUACUCGAAGGAGAUGAAGCUAGCAUGCCAGUGUGCUGGAAGGCGUUAUUCGAGUUGAAAUCGUGCACGAAUGAGAUCGUACUCUUCUUCUUCAAUGGUGAAUCUUAUUUAGGGAAAGAUUGUUGCAAAGCUAUAAGGACUAUUACUUAUGAUUGCUGGCCUUCUAUGCUAAGUUCUGUUGGUUUUACUGCUGAGGAAGUUGAUAUUCUACGUGGUUAUUGUGGCACCCCUUCACCUGAAUUUGCUGUGGAGUUUCAUGUUUAAGAUGAUUUUGCAUGCAUGCAAAAAAUGGGUAAUGAGGAUUUAAGUUUUAUGGGGGAAAGUACUGUUGAAUUUAAUAAUUUUGGACUGCGCUAAAUCUGGUUAUAAUAUAUGAUGAACAGCGUUUAUUGGAUUCCAA